CGUCCACUGGCUGGAUCACGGGCCACGGCUGAUGUCAUCAGAGUGAUACGUAUAUAUAGAUAGAUCGGGAGUUGGUCAUUGGUGUGCUCCGAAAAGUGAAAACACACCUCAGCGCGGCAGUGACCGGCCCGUCGCCAUCUAAUCGAGUAGGCGUCUAUAGGUAUACAACGGGAAGGAAAAUUGGUGUAUAUUUAUGUAUAUAGUUUAUACUUGUGCGUAUGUAUCGUAGUGUAUUAUCAAGUAAACUACUAUGUGCUGAUAAAAAGAAAAAAGUGACUUUAUGGUUCUCAAAUUCAUUUUUAAACACGUCAGACCUUAAAUAACAUUUUUAGAGGUUAGGAAAGAGAGCUAUUGGAAACAUCAAACAUUUUUAAGAGUAAACUGCACUUGUUUCGAGGAAAUGGGAUCAAAUAAACGGCACAAGUCCGACAAGAGUCGGGAAUCGAGAAAGAAACGACACAGAAGUCACUCCCGGUCUGAGUCGAUAGAACGCGAGAGACCCGAAAAACACAGGCAUCACAAGAAGCACAAGAAGAAAGAUCGCAAGGAUUACGAUAGUGAUGUGGAAAUUGUCGGCGUCCCACCACCACCAAAGAUUUCAAGGACUGUACAUCUGUCAACUCCGUCACCACCUGAAAUUUAUGAAACUUCCAGGGAAGAAAGAUACUCUUCAAGAGAUUAUGGCUUUGUUGGAGAAGACAGAGUCAGAGAAGAUAGGACUAGAGUCAGAGAAGAAAGACCUAGGGAAGACAAAAUCAGAGAAGAUGUACGCAGAGAUGAUAGAGGCAGAGAAAACAGAGGAUACCGAGAAGACAGAGGCAGGGAAGAUAGAGGAAGAGAAGAUAGAGGCAGAGAAGAUAGAGGCAGAGAAGACAGGUUGCCUACUAAACGUAGAUCUCCUUCACCACCAAAAAGUGGGAAAUCUCACGAAUCACUUUCGAUUGAGGAAACAAAUCGAAUAAGAGCCAAGCUUGGGUUAAAACCUCUGGAAGUUGACAGUGGUCCUAAGGAAGGUGGUCCUCCAAAUCUUAUAAAAGAUGAUCUUGGAGAGUUUUUGCAUAAGCCUGCUACUAAUGCAGCUGAAAAAGCAAAACAGGAAAAAUUAAGAGAAAGGCUUGCUACAACCAAGCAAAAGAGAGAAAUCCAAUCGUCUCUUGCUGCUAUAAAAACAUUAGGUGAAGGUGAUGAUGAUGAUCUUAAUACUGAGAAAUGGGCAAGCAAAUUCACUCAAAUACAAGAUGAAAAAAGAAAGGCAGCAGAAAGAGCAAAGAUGUUGGAUCAGAUGGAUGAAGAGUUUGGCGGUAUCGGUAAUUUAGUCAAGGAAGACAUUCGCAAUGACUUAAAAAAUGCUUACACAAAUAAAGACCUGAGGGGUCUAAAAGUAGAGCACAGUUUGAAUAAUUUCAAUGAAGGCUCUUCUGUCAUAUUGACUCUAAAAGAUCAAGCUGUUCUAGCAGAAGAAGAUGAUGUUUUAGUAAAUGUCAAUAUGAUUGAUGAUGAGCGUUACAAGAAGAACGUUUUAGUGAAAUCUAAAAAACCAGGAUAUGACGCUUACGACGAGAGUCAUUAUGAUGAAUACGGAAUGCCUCUUGGUAAAGUUUUGGAUAAAUAUGAUGAAGAAAUAGAAGGCGAAAAACGAGACAGCUUUGCUAUCGGCAUGGUUGAUGCCAAAGAGAUAAAAGAAAGGCAAGCCGCUAUGGUAAAAAAUCGCCUAGCAAACAAGCGAUUAGAAAGUUUACAAUUGGCUGAGCCAAAGAUAGCUAGUGAUUACUUCAAUGAAUCAGAAUUGGAAAAAUUCAAAAAAACAAAAAAGAAAGUAAGAAAGCUCAGAACGAAGAAAACUUUAAAGGCUGAUGAUCUUUUGAGUAGUGCUAAUGAUUACUUGAAAGAUUUAGGAAGUAGAAGGCGUCGGCAUGCAGGUGAUAUUUUGGACAAUGACGAUUUAGGAGGACCCACAGAGGACCUCAGUGGCGUAAAAAUUGAAGACGAUGAUCACGACCUUGAUCGAAGAAUGAAACAAAAAUGGAAAAAAAUAAAAGCACCUGCCCCAUCGAUAAAGCCAGAAGAAAUAGCUUUAACAAUAAAGCAAGAAGCAGAUAUGACCAACGAAACAGACUCAGCAGGGAACAUUAUUCUUAAUUCCACAGCCGAAUUUUGUCGAACGCUGGGUGAUAUUCCGACUUAUGGUCAGGCGGGUAAUCGGGAUGAAAAUCAUCAAGAAUUUAUGGAUUUCGAGGUGAACGAAGUAAAGCAAGAAUGCGUGGAUGAAGAAAUGAACGGUAAAAGCGCUUGGAAUACCGUAGAAGUAGAUGAUGUAACCGUUGUACCUUUCACCACUGAAGCGGCAAUUCUGGAUGCUGAACCAUCCCUUGAUCAGGGAGUUGGAGGAGCAUUGAAAUUGGCGAUGAGUAAAGGAUAUCUUCAGAAAGAAGAUAGUAAUCGACCCUCUGCAAACCAAUUGGCUCAUCUUAGAGCACAGAAUUAUUCUAUAGAAGAUAAGACUUAUGGCGAUGAUGACAAAUUCGGUCGAAGAGAUAGGUAUAACGGACCAACGUCAGAAUUCACCGAAAAAAUCGGAUAUAGACCUAUCCUAAAAUUGGAGCAGAUUGGCGAUGACGGUCGUGUUUUGACUACGAAAGAAGCUUUUCGAUAUUUGUCUCAUAAAUUUCACGGCAAAGGUCCGGGUAAAAAUAAGGUUGAAAAACGAAUGAAGAAGGCAGAGCAAGAGUUAUUGAUGAAGAGAAUGUCCUCAACAGACACCCCUCUGGGUACAUUAAAUCUUCUUCAAGCUAAACAAAAGGAAACACAAUCACCUUUCAUUGUUCUAAGCGGCAGUAAGCACAUGCAAACGGCUAGUAUUUCGAAAAGUAAAAAUUGAACAACUUGUACAUAUUAAAACGUUAAGGUUUACUUGUAAAUAAGCUGAAUUAACUAUAUCUUGGUGAAUAAAAAAAUUUUCUUGAAAUAAACAUAUUGGAAGCUA